UUGUUCCACUAUUACAGUGGUAAUUUUUCAGCGGCAGUUGAGUCUGGCGCAGCGAAAGAAACGAAGCCGGAAGUUGCAGUAGAUGAGACAGAAAAAGUUCAGAAAUCCGAAAGUAACUGUGAAGAUGGUGCGGACAAUGAAAAUGAGGAAGAGGACGAGUCGUUUUUGACAGGAACAACAUUGUUUGUGAAGAAUUUAAGCUUUAAAACAACUGAUGAAGCACUGAAGAAGAAAUUUGAGUCUCACUUUCGUAUUCGUUCGGCUUCUGUAUCCAAAAAACGAGGUAAAAUCGAUUUGGUUCAUGUAUUUUUUCUUUCUGAUUUUUAUUUCGCAAUCUAUUUUGAUGCAGGCGCCAGUAGUUUAUCGUAUAGGGCGUAG